UGUACUCAUUCAGUUUGUAAAAGCGACAGGUAGCCCGCAUUAUUCUCUGUCGCAAGAAGGGUUCCAGACAUCUGGGAUGGAUUUGUUUAAUUUUAGGUCGCUUGUCAUUUUGCUGUCAGCAGUUGGAUGCUGCAACGGGCAGAGCGUACUUCCAGCAGGCCCGUUGGAGGGAGUACAGGGAAAGAACGUCACGUUCAAAACCCUCAUCAUGCCCACAGAUGUAGGCGACUUUAUCACAGUAUCUUGGAAUUUCAACGGUGGUAGUGGACUUGUACCUGUUGUCACUUCUGCGCCCAAAGGAGAGACAGUUGGCGCUGGCUACGCAGGAAGAGUGUCACUGAAUUCAUCCACCGGUGUAUUGAAGCUGGGACCCUUGACCGCGAAGGAUAGCGGGGACUAUGCGGUGACCAUGGUCACAAGUGCUGCAGUACAGRGCACAGGUGUAACGGCGCUCAAAGUUCUAGAACCGGUCACCGUCGUGACCAUCAAGUCCAACCUGAAUGAAGCGGUCGAGUUCAACAGCACUGUGGUCUUGACCUGUUCGGCCAAAGGCUCCUUCCUCAUGUACAAGUGGCUCAACGGCACCGCGCCACUGGUCGCCGACGGGAAUCAUGUGACGUUGAGUGCAAACGAAACAGUGCUAACUGUGGCUGGAGUGUUCAGGAAGGAUCUGGUCGGACCCAUCUACUGCACAGCCUCCAACAAAUUAGAGAGCGAUAGCAGUGCCCCCUUCAACCUCACUGUCAGCUAUGGGCCAGAAAACAUCGCCAUGACAGUCACCCCCACGGCUGAGGUCCAAAAGAAGGGUUCCAACAUUACAUUGACCUGCUCAGCCCAGUCUAGCCCUGCGGCUGUGAUUCAGUGGAUCCACAAUGGAGUCCCGCUCAAUGUGAUGGGCCCCAAGCUGGUACUGGACAACAUUGCCGAGGCACAGAGUGGAAACUACUCCUGCAUGGCCAGCAAUGCCAAAACCUUGCGAUACCUGGAAUCCACCACAGCCAAGUUCACUGUAGUAGAGGCCAUAUCCGGCACUAAGAUCACAGGCCCCAAUGGAACGCUCGUUGCAGGUAACAGUACYGCCACCCUGAGCUGCCAGGCAAGUGCCGGCACCGCCGGCACCCGAGUGUGGCUGAAGAAUGGCGUGGCACUGUCUCCUAGCAACAGGGUCGUGGUCUCGCCAGACAAGAGCUCGGUCACGAUCAAGCCAGUGCAGAAGGAGGACAGUGGGGAGUACCAGUGCAAGCUGACCAAUGCUGUGAACACAGACUCUGCCAGUCUCAAGAUAGGAGUCAACUUUGGUCCUGAGGCUGUGUCGGUGAAGGGGGAUAGUGCCGUAGAGGUGAAAGACCGUGUCACGCUGAAGUGUACCUCAGUCUCCCUCCCUGCUGCCARCUACACCUGGAAGUUCAACGGGACGCUGACCGACGUGAUGACAGCCGAGUACAUCAUCGAAGCCGCUGUGUACAAGAACACUGGGAUUUAUACUUGUGAAGCCAGCAACGCCGUCACCGGGUUGAGCAAUGCCGUUGCCCACAAGCUGUCUGUCAAAGAGGAGGGAACACUGGAUAAUGGUCUGUCGGGCGGGCAGAUCACUGGGAUCAUCAUCGGCGUSAUCAUCGCCCUAGGGGCCAUCAUCGGUGUUGUCCUCCACAUGAGACGGAAAAAAAGACAGGGCAACUCGUCAUACUAGAAGAGUGCCUCGAGGAAAGCUGGAGCUAUCAGCCCAAAGAAUCAGCCAAUUAUUCCCCUCAAGAUCAAUCUCUGCAGUCGGGAAGACCACWCAGGUGGAAACCUCCCCCAGGUCUGUCCAGCCAAACAAGCUAUUCAUCACAAAGUCCAUAUAACCCCAGGGGUCACAACAUCACCCCCGUCCCUAACACUCACACAUCAGACAUGGUCAUCUCCUUUGAAAAUGGUGGUGUCCUUGGGCUUGGAUUGGACCAGAAAGCUCCAACACAUCUAUCCAAUCUAUCUGUCUGUAUGGGCUUAUUUUCCUUCYCACACCWUCCCUCCUCUCCAUCCAUCCCAUUGGCUAAGGUAAACAGCUUCCAACAGUCCCUGGGAUGCUGACUCUUCCUCUUUUGCAAAACAGAGGAAUGUCAUUGCUUACAUCAGUUUCUCCACACGUUCCCUGGGAAAUGACUCGCAUCAUAGACUUGAGCGAUGGUGAGAAACUGGAGGAGGAUUUAGUGGUGUAAUACACUGGAGUCCCACGGGACUGUAGGUCUUAGUCACUUGGUCACUCCUCACUGAGUACACUCAUCAAGGCGAACGGGCAAGUAUCGUCUGAAUCCUUCAAACACCUGACGGACACAGGUUCGUAAAUCUGACYUUACCACAGACAGGUGUCUGCUUGAUCCCAAGGAAUGCUUUUCCCCCCCCUUUUCUUUCCUGUCUUUACCUCUACAAGAUCUGCUCGUAAGAACUUAAUGUGAAGACAGCAAUGACAAGAUCCAACACGCAGCAAAUAUUCAGGGGAGAAGAWAAAAAAGGWGGGAAUGUUUUUGUGGGCAAAGYCAUUCUUUUGGUUUUGGAGGGAAAAUGUGUGUGCUUCAGGGCUGUGCUACUGAGUUUUGCUAUUUGCUAUAUUCCACUUUUCAAAUGUUUUAAUAAUUUGGCCUUUUGUAGUUUAAACCAAAAAAAGACAAAACUAUGUUUUUCGAAACAUGAAUGAACAAGUGACAUUUUAUGUUAACUGUAACACAGCCCGUUUUUACCCGCUUCUUAGCUUUGUUUUUGUCACUAGUAUUUAUUUUUCUGAACCCUCCGAUGAAUACAUUGAGCUGAUGGUGUUUUUUUUAUCCAAUGAAUGAUAAUGAGUUUUUUGCUGUCAAUGAGUUGUUUGACAGCACACACAGGUAUGUGACAACCAGUCAUACACACAGAACUAUGGGUUGAGAGUUCUUUAUCUGCUAAGUUUCCUCCCACCAUUUAAAGUCAAUGGGGGGUUUUGUGUCACGAUACAGUACAGGCUGUCACGUUCCUGACCUGUUUUCUGUUGUUUUUGUAUGUGUGUGAUGGUCAGGGCGUGA